AUGUGGGUGCCCAACGUACCAGUCACUUUGGCGAGCGCAUUGUGCGCCACGGCCGGCGCUGCGUGUUUAUUCAAAGACUUCUACGGUGGACCAGCUUACAAUAGCACAGUGAAAGCAGACGGCAAGACUGUCAUUAUUACGGGCGCCAACACGGGCAUCGGAAGGGAGGCGGCUUGGGACUUCGCCAGAAGAGGAGCCAAGGUGUUUAUGGCAUGCCGAGACAUGGAGAAGUGCGAGAGCAACCGACGUGAGAUCGUGUUGGAGACGAGUAACAAAUACGUUUACUGCCGCCCCUGCGACCUGGCUAGCACCGAGUCCAUAAGGAAAUUCGUGGAGACAUUCAAGUGCGAAGAACCUCGGCUGGACAUCUUGGUGAACAACGCGGGCGUGAUGGAGCCCCCGCGGGGCGUCACCCGCGACGGGUUCGAGACGCAGCUGGGCGUCAACCACCUCGGACACUUCCUGCUCACCAACCUACUGCUGGACACACUCCAGGCGUCUGCGCCGAGUCGCGUGAUCGUCGUAUCAUCGCACGCGCACACGAAGGGCCACAUUCUGAAGGAGGACCUCAACAUGAGCAAUAAGUACGACGGCGCGGCUGCGUACGCGCAGAGCAAACUCGCCAACAUACUCUUCGCCAGGGAACUCGCUAAGCGCACACUCGCUAAGAAAGUGGCCGUGAUCGCGGUGGAUCCAGGGUUCACGGACACGGACCUGACGCGGCACAUGCCGAUGUCCAAGUCUCUGACCCGGUUCGUGGUAUACCCGGUAUUCUGGCCGUUCAUGAAGUCGGCUAAGAUCGGGGCGCAGACCAUUGCGCACGCGGCGCUCGACCCGGCGCUGGAGAAAUGCGCGGGAGACUACUAUGUGGAUAUGAAGAUAGCCGAGCCAUCUAAGGAGGCGCAAGACUUCGAGCUGGCCUAUUGGUUGUGGAAAGUAAGCGAGAAGUGGACAAAGCUGGACGAGCACAAGACAGCACUUACCAAAGCUUUGGCCGCGUAA